AUGUACAUUGACUGGAAACACAAGUUUCUUUCGAAUUCUGACAAAAAUCAAUACCAACAACUGAUGAUGAAGCUAUCCAACCACCUCGGUUCCAUCACGACAGGUAGUGAAUCUGCAUCCACAUCAUGGGUCAUUGCUUCGGUGAUUUCGACUAGAAGAAGAAGAACUGUGGUAGUUCUUCGGACGGUUCGACGACAGGUGCGAGCAGGCCAUCGGAUCUGCAGAGGGUUCUGUGACAGGCGAUCAGUUCGUGAGGUAGAGGCGAUCUUCGACAGUAAGGGCUUCUUCCUCGACAGGCAUUUAGCUUGGAGGAGUCUAGCAAGGAAUCGCGGCAGAUCGCAAGAAGUCGCGGACGGCACAGAUUGCAGGUUGUGCUCGGCCAGAGGAGUUCGCAAGUUUAUCGCAGGAGUUGCGGCAGGUGUAGUUGCGACAGGUUGUGUUAAGCCAGAAGAGUUUGCAAGUUUGUCACAGGAGAAAUUGCGGCAGAUGGAGUUUGCGAAUUUCGCAGAUUGUUCGCAGCCACUGCAUCGCCGGCGGGGGCAGAGAGGUGUCCGAGAGAGUUGUCCGAUGAACCUGAGUUACGUCUCCCACUUCCCAUGGGAUCGCACAUCAUGCCUGCCAGACACCACGAACAUGAGCAGUUGCUGCAUGACUCUGCUGAGCGUGCUGGCGAUCGGUCUCUCUCAGCGCCUCCGCUCCACAUCCCUCUUCCGUCUCCCUUCAAUCUCCGCCUCCGCAGAUUGCCUAGCGUCCUUCCAGUCCCAGCUUUCCGAGCUCUCUCUCCCCUCCACCCUAGUCCCCACCUGCUUCCCUUCUCCGGAGCAAUUCGUCAUAUCUCCGGACUACUGCGACGGGAUCGUGUCUCUCCGUGACUGGAAAAUCAGACUUGGUAACUCCACUUCCGUUGAUACCUCCUGCGCCCCUGAUCUGCUCGACCUCACUAGGUGCGCCGCCUGCCUCUCCUCCCGCUUGACUGCUCUCGACGGGAACACUUCCCACGCUACCAAUUGCUUCUACCUCACCGUCACCUACGCCGCCGGUAUCGCCAAUAACUUCGGCCCCGAGGAUCCCCGUGAUUCCUCCUGCAUCUUAGGUCUCUCGGCCCCCUCUCGUCCCUAUCCCCAAUUAUCCUCCACAUCACCCUCCCACGCCGCCAUCUACGCCUCCUCCUCUGCCGCCGCUGCCUUUCUUCUCGUCUCCAUUUCCCUUGCUCUCUAUCUCUGUCGCUCCCGCCGACAGAGAAAGAACAGGGCUUGUAACACCGCAGCCAACUCCAAAAAUAGCCAGCUUUCCUCUUUUACUCGCCCCAACAUUGGCGCGAUCUGGUACAACAUACGAGAGCUCGAAAAAUCCACCGCUUACUUCUCUCAGCGCAACUUUAUAGGCCGCGGGGGAUUCGGAGUCGUCUACCGCGGCGUCCUAUCCAACGGCAGCCCCGUCGCCGUGAAACACGUUCUCGAAUCAGAGUUCCAGGGCGAAGAUGAGUUCCGCAACGAGGUAGAGAUUAUCAGCAACCUCCGCCACCGCAAUCUCGUCCCCCUUCGAGGCUGCUGUAUCACUGACGCUGAAACCGAACAAGGAAGGCAGAGGUUCCUUGUCUACGACUUCAUGCCCAACGGCAGUCUCGACGAGUACAUCUUCCGCGAUCUGCGCGGCGGCGUUGGCAAGCGUCCGCCACUCACCUGGCCGCAGAGGAAGAACAUAAUCCUCGAUGUAGCCAAGGCCCUGGCUUAUCUGCAUUACGGAAUAAAGCCGGCGAUUUUCCACCGCGACAUCAAGGCCACAAACAUCCUCCUUGACGACGAGAUGCGGGCGAGGGUGUCGGACUUCGGACUUGCGCGGCAAAGCCGAGAGGGGCAGUCGCAUCUGACUACUCGGGUGGCGGGUACUCACGGCUAUCUUUCGCCGGAGUACGCGCUGUACGGGCAGCUGACUGAAAAAAGCGAUGUAUACAGUUUUGGAAUGGUGGUGCUGGAGAUUAUGAGCGGGCGGCGAGCGCUGGACAUGGCGUCGCCAUCCGGCAUCGUGCUUAUCACCGACUGGGCGUGGAAGCUUGUGAAGGAUGGGAGGGUUGAGGAGGUGUUCGACAGGGGACUUGUGAGCGGGGAAGGAUGCGGGCCGAAGGGGAUCAUGGAGCGGUUUGUUCUUGUGGGAAUCCUCUGCGCGCAUGUCAUGGUGGCAUUUAGGCCAACUAUUGAGGAAGCGUUGAGGAUUCUGGAAGGGGAUGUUGAAGUUCCGGCAGUUCCAGACCGACCGAUGUAGAUCGGCCAUGGAGGUAACUACGGCGGGGAGGGGAGCACUGUCGCCGCCUCGCCCACACUGAGUGGCUUCGUCGUCAACCUCGGAGACAUGCUCCGGGGAACCAAUUUGUGAGAUACCGGGACAUUAGCAAUUUGGCAUCUCUGCUAUUUCUUGCUUGGAAAAUGAUUAGUACAUAAACCAAUAGAAAUUUAGUUAGCUUUACAUUCAAAUGCAAUAUUUGAUCUCAUAGUCCGAAGUGCGGACAACAACGACCUGUGGAGCGCAGGAAGCGGACCUCCGCCCUCCUCACUAUAUCCCGGUCAUUAUCCGCAUAAUAUCAUUUAUGUAGUGACGUAAUUUUUUUCGUGUUAAAUGACUAAUAUUUUAGGGUGACACCCAUAAUAUAACGCGAAUUGGUGCAGUGA